CAGCAUCCAUGGCACCUGCUUUAUCUUCUCUUUACACAACCCUCCAAAUACUUUUCUCACCUUCAUUUGAAACUCCCACUUCCCUCCAAUUCAACUUUCACAAACCCAAAUCCAAAUCCAACAUUACUCUAAGCCCAAAUAUAACAUAUUUUAAAUCAAGAAAAACAUGUGCGGCAAGUCAUUCAAGUUUGACUGUCACUAGUCAAUCUUUAGAUGACACAAACAGUCAGUGCCAUUGGAUUGUGGUGGUCAAGACCCCACCUUCACUACAAGCUGGUUCUAGAAAAGAUGUUAUUGAUUAUUAUGUUAAAAUUUUGGAAAAGGUUUUAGGCAGUGAUAAGGAGGCUCAAGGUAGCAUAUACAAUGCUUCUUGCGAUACCGAAUUCAGGUUCUGCUGCGAGGUGGAUGAAGAAACAUCUAAAAAACUGGCAGGUUUGCCAGAGGUAUUGUCAGUUAAGCCUGAUGGAGAUUUCAGCUCUGUGCAAAAGGAUUAUAGUAGUAACAUCUUUUCACCAUUAUAUACUGUUGGAAGCUCAAAGCACUGGCUUGUUCGUGUGCAAAUGCCGGAAUCCAGAUUCAUUACCAGGGCACAAUUGGUUGAUUAUUAUACCCAGAUGCUAACCAAUGUUUUGGGGAAUGAGAAGGAUGCCCAAAUGUGUAUAUAUCACAUCUCCUUACAAUCCGACUAUGGAUUCUGUUGUGAAAUAGAUGAUGAGUGUGCAAAGGAAUUAGCUGGUGUUCCUGGUGUUAUUUCUGUUAGGCCAGACGGAAAUGUCGAUUCAGAUGAUAAGGACUAUGGAGGUUACAAUCUUCAACGUUCUAGUGAUUCUGGGGAUUCCUCCAUAGCAAACCAACCAUCUAAUAUCAAAACAAAGAAGCUCUUUGUAACAGGUUUGUCAUUUUAUACAUCUGAGAAAACAUUACGUGCAGCAUUUGAAGGUUUUGGAGAGCUAGUUGAAGUAAAAAUUAUAAUGGAUAAGAUUUCCAAAAGGUCCAAAGGUUUUGCAUUUAUUGAGUACACUACUGAGGAAGCUGCAAGUGAAGCUCUCAGAGAAAUGAAUGGCAAGAUAAUAAACGGUUGGAUGAUAGUUGUUGAUGUUGCCAAAACAAAUCCACCGAAGUACAGCAGAGGGCGCCCCAGACCAGCAAGCUGAUGCAUGUUUUGAGAUAGAACCACUACAGAUACCGAUCCUUAUCUUGUUGGAUAUCUUAUAGAGCUCCAACUAUCUUACCAACAUCGUUUGUUGACGGUACAUUUCCCUGUAAUCUUGUUAGUGUUAGGAUUGCGAACCAUCAAGUAGUUAUACUUAUAGCUAUGGGAAAUGAAAAAUUAGAAGAUCCAAUAUUAAUGUGGUUUAACAAUUUGUAAAUCAUUCAUGUUAGCUAUUAGGAAUCUAGUUUCUGUUAUACGAGUAUAUCUUGUAGCCUCUCACAGGCAUCAAACCUUUCACUUAGCUAUAUACUAUAUAUUUUUUAUUUAUUCACAUCCAUUCUUUCAA